CACACGGGUUCGUCCAACAUGGCGGCCGCGGCGCUGCGGGGAGGCUGGUGCCGGUGCCCGCGGAGAUGCCUAGGAAAUGGAGUCCAGUUUCUUCCCAGCCACAACCUAGUGCCCCUGCCUCACGGAUCCAGCUAUCAGAUCCGCCGGCCAGGUGGAGCGCUGGCCCUGUCCAAAUCCUAUUCUUCUGGCAACAGAAAGGGCUUCCUGUCUGGCUUGAUGGAUAACAUCAAACAGGAGUUAGCCAAAAACAAAGAAAUGAAAGAAAGUAUUAAAAAAUUCCGUGACGAGGCCAAGAAGCUGGAAGAGUCAGAUGCGCUCCAGGAAGCCCGAAGGAAAUACAAAACCAUCGAAUCCGAGACGGUCCGGACCAGCGAGGUGCUCAGGAAGAAGCUGGGCGAGAUCACGGGCACAGUGAAGGAGAGUCUCGAUGAGGUCAGUAAGAGCGACUUGGGCCGGAAGAUCAAGGAGGGUGUGGAAGAAGCUGCCAAGACGGCCAAGCAGUCGGCUGAGUCAGUGUCCAAGGGCGGCGAGAAGCUGGGCCAGACCGCAGCCUUCAAGGCUCUCUCACAGGGCGUGGAGUCUGUGAGGAAGGAGCUGGACGAAAGCGGCCUCGGCCAGACGGGGUCCUACCGGCGGCCUGAGCGGCUCCGGAAAAGGACGGAGUUCGCGGGGGAGAAGCUCAAGGCAGAGAAGGUGUUUGAGCCCAAUGAGGAGGCCCUGGGUGUGGUGCUGCACAAAGACUCCAAGUGGUACCAGCAGUGGAGGGACUUCAAGGACAACAACGUGGUCUUUAACCGCUUCUUUGAGAUGAAGAUGAAAUACGAUGAGAGUGACAACGCAUUCAUCCGUGCGUCCCGAGUGCUCACCGACAAAGUCACAGACCUGCUGGGGGGCCUCUUCUCGAAGACAGAGAUGUCCGAGGUUCUCACAGAGAUUCUGCGAGUGGACCCCACCUUUGACAAGGACCGCUUCCUGCAGCAGUGUGAGGCCGACAUCAUCCCCAAUGUGCUGGAGGCCAUGAUCUGCGGAGAGCUGGACAUCCUCAGAGAUUGGUGCUACGAGGCCACCUACAGCCAGAUGGCUCACCCGAUCCAGCAGGCCAAGGCGCUGGGCCUCCAGUUCCACUCCCGCAUCCUGGACAUCGACAAUAUUGACCUGGCCAUGGGCAAGAUGAUGGAGCAGGGACCCGUGCUGAUCAUCACCUUCCAGGCCCAGCUGGUGAUGGUGGUCAAGAACACCAAGGGCGAGGUGGUUGAGGGCGACCCGGACAAGGUGCUGCGCAUGCUCUACGUGUGGGCGCUCUGCCGGGACCAGGAUGAGCUGAAUCCCUACGCCGCGUGGCGGCUGCUCGAUAUCUCGGCCUCCAGCUCGGAGCAGAUCCUUUGAGUGGCGCUGCACUGCCUGCGCACCGCAGACAGACGGGAGGACGGGCGUCCGCCUGGGGCCUCUGCAAAUACCCCGGCCCGGCCCGGCAGAGCCAGCAGCGAGGGCAGGGCCAGACGAGGAGGGCGACUGCGGGCCAACACCCUCCCCACAGCGCCAGCCCCCCGGCUCCAUUGAAAGCAGGCCGGAGAGGGGUGGUGGCCUGGACAGGGCCGAGACUGACCUGGGGCAGGGAGCCCCUUGGAAGCACGGUGGUGAGGCCCAGACCCUGCCAGGCAGCGGCUGACUGCCACGAGCUUUUCUUUGAACAGUGCCCUUCCUUGUAUGUGCGUCUGAGAGUUUUGGAAAUAA